GCGGCGCCCCCGGGGCCAAGGAGAACUGCUGCUGAAUAACGCGACGCGCGGCUCGUAAAAAAACCAUGGUCUUCUCCCGCUACACCGUCGGCAGUUCGGCCGUCACGGCGGCCGUCGUCAGCUACGCCUGGGCGACGCGCGAACAAUUUUAUCCUACCGUCGUUUAUCUAGUGACGAGCAAAUUAUGUGUGUUAGCCCUGGGCAACCAAGUGAUUGUACUCACACUGCUCGCGGGGCGGUCGGCCAAGGCCGUGUUUCUCGGGUCGUUACGGGAGGCCGAGGUCGAACUACUGCACGAGAACGCGCGCUACGCAGUCACGGAGACGUGUUUAGCAUUGACGGUGUUCCGGGAAGAGCUCACGACGAGGGUGUUUGCGCUCUUCACGGCUUUACUGUUUGCCAAGGUCUUCCACUGGCUCGCCCAUGCGAGAGUGGAGCACGUCGAGCACGCGCCGCAGACGUCCACCUUGCAGCACUGGCGGUUGGCUGCUUUAAUGUUCUGGUUGGGCGUCGUGGAUCUCGUCGCAUUAGGCGGCUGCGCGGCCAUGUGCCUGAAGCACGGUCCUUCUGUUUUACUGCUAUUCGGCUUUGAAUUUGCUAUUUUGGGAGCCGGCCUCGGCGCGGACGCGUGCAAGUAUUUACUAUAUGCGAUUGAGCAAAGACGCUACGAUGGCACCUGGCCCCCGAAGGCCCAGUACGCGUUUUUUGUGGACUUCAUUGCCGAAGUUUUGCGCUUCGCGGCCUAUGUCGUUUUCUUUUCUAUAGUGUUUGCCUACUACGGCGUACCGUUGCAUAUUGUAAGGGAGCUCUGGGCGUCGUAUGUGCAACUGCGACAGCGGCUCCAAGCCUUCAAGAAGUACCGAGCCUUAACGGCGAACAUGGACGAAAGGUUUCCCCCGGCUACUGAGGAAGAAAUACGGGAGGCGGGCGGCAUCUGCAUCAUCUGUCGCGACGACAUGAGCGAGGGGCGCCGGUUACCUUGCGGCCACGUCUUUCAUUUCGCGUGUCUGCGGCUGUGGCUCCAGCAGCAGCAGUCGUGCCCGACGUGCCGCCAGGACAUCCCCGUCGAGGCGCCGGCGCCGGCUCCGCAGCAGCCGCCGGCGCAGGAGCAGGCGCAGCCGCAGCCCGGCGCGGGGUGGGCCGCGCCUCGACAGCCGGAGGCCGCGCAACCAGGCGCCGGCGCCGUACAACAGCCGGCGGCCGCGCAACCGCAACCCACGCAGCGCCUCGAGGACGUGCUGGCGGCGGCGCUGCGGCGCCUCGAGCACAACUUGGCGGCGGAGGAGCCACAGGCGCCGUCCGGCGGCGCGCGCGUCUGGACGGCGCGCGCGGGCGGCGCUUCGGUGCGGGCGACGCGCGACGCGGCGGCGCCGCCGCUGCGGACGGUGCCCGCCGGCGAGCACGUGCUGGCCCUGCCGGACGACGGCGAGUAUCUGCGCGUCGGCGACGGCUUCAUUCUGAUGAGCGAGCUCGACCUGCUGUUGGACGAGACGGCGACGGCGUCCGCGGCCGCCGAGACCGGCGCGGCGUCGCCGCCGCGCUCACCGGCGCCUGUUGAGAGGGCCGAGGUCGCGCGGCUCCGCGCCGAGCGGUUCGCGCAGCCUCAACAACCAGACGUCGCCGCGGCGCUCGACGCGCUCCGCGAGCAGCUGGCCGCGGUGCAGCGGGACGUCGCGUGGCUCCGGGCGCGCGAGGAGGCGCGGAUGGAGUAAACUUCUUGUGAAUGCA